CACCUGCCUUCUUCGCCCGUCGCCGCCUCGUUGGCUUCACGCACCACCGUCGCCCCACUCCGCCCGCCGGCUUCGUGCGUCGCUGCUCCACCUACUCCGCUCCCCUCUGCUCGGCUGCUCCCAUGGGACAGAGUGGAUAGAUACAGAGAAGAGAGAGUAUGAGGAGAGGAGAGGAAGCGAGUUGGAGAGGAGGGGAAGAAGAGACCGAUGUGGGUCCCACACCGAGUCAGCGCACGUCGGACAACACACAGAGUCAAAACUACCGAGGGAUCUAGUUUGCACUGGUUUUGUAAGUUGAGGGAUGCGUUAGGGACCUUCAGUUUACUUUUUCCAAAUUCUUGCUCAUUGCCCAGCCCAACAUUUCUAGGCCUGCUCACCCAUUUCAGGAGCAAUACUCUCUCUCGCAGAAAACGAGAAUUUCAUAGCCCAGAUCCAAAAAUACCCAUUUUCCCAUCCUUCACCGACGAGGCGACGAUCGACGGCGGCGAGGUCGGUAGAAGCGACGGCAAAGCCGACUUCAAUUCGCCGGUGUCCCGGGCGUCCACUGACAAAGAGGACCCACUUGGAAGAAUUAUUAUUAUACAGUAGUACUCCAAGAAGGGGAUAGAUUUUUCAAGUGAAAAAUAACAGAGCAGUGCCCCUCAGUUCAGUUCAGUCCCCGGCAGUGCACGAUCCCAUCCCUCCCGCAUCGGCAAGGCACCGCCGCGCCGACCGCUCUCCGCACCGCGACGCGACGCGACGCGAGGCGAGGCGAGGCGAGCAUGAAGCCCCUGGGCGCGCACGGCGCCGACCUGCUCUGCGGCCCGCGCGUCCUCCGCGCUGCGGCCCUCGCCUUCGCCUGCGCCGCCGCCUUCCUCGUCGGCUACCACUGGUCCGACUCCUCCCCGCGCCUGCUCUUCUUCUCCUCCACCGCCUCCUCCUCCUCCUCGCCGCUCCUCUCCACCGGCUCCCCUUCCGUCGCCGUCUCCCCCAACGCCAACCUCUCCUUCGACCCCUCCCUGAUCCCCACCCCUGCCGCCUCCACGCCGCCUGCUUCUCCUACUGCCAAUGCCUCGCCCCCACCUUCGCUGCCGCCGCCUCCUCCUCCCCUCCGCCCCCCUCCCCCUCCCGCCCGCCUCGGCAUCGUCGGCGAGGACGGCGCGAUGCGCGACGACUUCGACGUCGUCGUCGGCGGCGCCAACGACACCGAUCUGGCCGCCACCGACGAGGCCCUGCCGCAGGAGCCGACCGACGCGGGCCCCGCCGUCGGGAGCAGGGUUCGGAUUGGGAGGUUCCCGGUUUGUCCUGAGAGCAUGAGGGAGUACAUACCCUGCCUCGACAACGAGGAAGAGAUCAGGAGGCUGCCCUCGACGGAGCGUGGCGAGCGGUUCGAGCGGCACUGCCCUGCCAAGGACAAGGGUCUGAGCUGCCUCGUGCCGGCACCCAAGGGGUAUAAGGCACCCAUUCCUUGGCCUCGGAGCAGAGAUGAGGUAUGGUUUAGCAAUGUACCUCACACGCGGUUGGUUGAUGACAAAGGAGGGCAGAAUUGGAUUAGUAAAGCUAAGGAUAAAUUUAGAUUUCCUGGAGGAGGAACUCAAUUUAUCCAUGGAGCAAAUCAAUACCUGGAUCAGAUUUCUCAAAUGGUACCAGAUAUUGCAUUUGGCUCUCACACUAGAGUUGCCCUGGAUGUUGGCUGUGGAGUAGCAAGUUUUGGUGCAUACUUACUUUCACGUGAUGUGUUGACAUUAUCCAUAGCUCCCAAAGACGUUCAUGAGAAUCAGAUACAGUUUGCUCUUGAGCGUGGUGUGCCUGCAAUGGCAGCAGCAUUUGCGACACACCGAUUACUAUAUCCCAGUCAAGCAUUUGACUUAAUCCAUUGUUCACGCUGCCGAAUAAAUUGGACCCACGAUGAUGGAAUCCUGCUUCUGGAGGUUAAUAGAAUGCUCAGAGCCGGCGGUUAUUUUGCUUGGGCAGCACAGCCUGUUUAUAAGCAUGAAGAGGCUCAGCAAGAAGCAUGGAAAGAGAUGGAAGACUUCACUGCAAGACUCUGUUGGGAGCUUGUGAAGAAAGAGGGAUAUAUUGCUAUGUGGAGGAAACCAUUAAAUAACUCAUGCUACAUGAACCGUGACCCUGGGGUCAAACCUGCACUUUGUGAUCCUGAUGAUAAUCCAGAUGAUGUCUGGUAUGUCAAUCUGAAAGCAUGUAUCAGCCGGCUUCCUGAAAACGGUGAUGGGCUGACUCCCUUUCCAUGGCCUGCACGUUUAAUGGAGCCACCAAAAAGGCUUGAAGGUGUUGAAAUGGAUGCACACUCAUCAAAGAAGGAGCUUUUCAAAGCAGAAACCAAAUUUUGGGAUGACAUUGUUGAAGGUUAUAUUCGUGUUUUUAAGUGGAGAAAGUUCAAACUCCGGAAUGUAUUGGACAUGAGGGCUGGAUUUGGAGGGUUUGCAGCUGCAUUGAUUAAUCGUAAACUUGAUUGCUGGGUGAUGAAUGUUGUUCCUGUUAGUGAGCCAAACACACUGCCUGUAAUCUAUGACCGGGGACUUCUUGGAGUGGCUCAUGACUGGUGUGAACCAUUUGAUACAUAUCCAAGGACAUAUGAUCUGCUCCAUGCGUUUAGCCUAUUCUCGAAGGAACAGAAAAGAUGUAACAUCUCAAGUAUCUUGCUGGAGAUGGAUCGAAUACUCAGACCAGGCGGUAGGGCUUACAUUCGUGACCUAAAACAAGUUGUACAGGAUGUCAAAGAGAUAACAACCGCCAUGGGAUGGCGAUCCAUCAUGCGUGACACCGCAGAAGGCCCGUAUGCUAGCAGGAAGGUUUUGAUGUGCGACAAGCCGAUGGUGCGUUAGCCGAUCAGGCUGGUCCAGAGCAAUGAUGCGAGCCCUGGUUUUGUUUUCCGGAGCCUUUUGAACUGACUACCACAGCUACUACGGACUGGAGAUUGACAUCUGUUUCAAUACAUAGGGAUAGGUGAAUGCCAAAGUUGUAACUAAUCAAUUUGAUUCGUCAUUCGUUUGUACAACGACUGAUGUAGCCCCUAACGAUUGGCUUGUUUUUGUUGUAUCAUCCACACAACAGUAAUUAUGAAUAGGAGUUAGGAAGGUUUUUGAGUGACAUCUAUAGUCUGAUGAAAGCGGGCAACUGUCUCUUUCUUUCUUCCAUCUUGCA